UUUAGGGAUACUAGAGAAACAAUAUAUUACCAUCCUUCGAGGAGUAAGGAUCAGUUCUGCACCUCAACUGCAGACAUGAUCAGAUACAUACUUUGGGGGUUAGUCUGGAGUAUGGUUGAGGGGGACGGAUACGGAGGAGGAGGAGGAGGGGGAGGAUACGGGUCUAAAUGUGGUACUGGAUACGAAACCGUGUACACAACUGUAUAUGAUACAUUCUUUGAGAAAAAGUGCAGUACAAUCAGUGAUAGACAAUGUAAAACUGUAUAUGACACGUCUUUCGAAGGAGCAGUGGAAACCCAGUGCAACCCUGGAUACGCAACCAAGUGUAAAACUGAGUACAAGACGGGAUACAGGAAGUACUGUACAACAGUGUACGAUGAAGAGUGUAGAAUAAGCUACGCCACAAGCUACAAGACAGUGUAUGACAAGCAGUGUACAACAACCUAUGAGAAGUCUUGUCAUGAUGUUGGCUACGGAUAUCAUAAGGAGACAAAGUGUACUUCGCAUCCUAAGCAGAGCUGUCAUGAUGUUGCAAAACAAAUCCCAUCCUCCCAUCCUAAGAAAAAAUGUAACUCUGUUCCAAAAAAGAAAUGUCAUGAAGUGCCUCAUCAAGUUCCAUCCCAGAAAUGUUUUCAUGUUCCCCAACAGGAUUGUAUCAAUGUUCCUGUAAAAAAUCCUGUAGCAGUUCCACUUGAGAAAUGUUGGGAGGUUCCAAGAGAACACUGUCAGUCCGUUCCUGUCAAGAAACCGAGGAUUGUUACAAAAACUGUUCCAAGAAAAUCUUGUGAACACGGCGGCGGAGGCGGUGGUGAUGGUGGCGGAGGUUUUGAUGCAGCUCACGGUCAUGGUGGAGGUGGCGGAUACGGAGGUGGUGGUCAUGGGGGUGGCGGCGAUCAUGGGGGUGGAGGAUACGGUGGCGGAGGUGGACAUGGAGGCGGUCAUGGAGGUGGAGGUUACGGUGGUGGUGGAGGACAUGGAGGUGGUCACGGUGGUGGAGGAUAUGGUGGCGGAGGAGGACACGGGGAUGGUCCAAGUGGUGGAUAUGAUGAUCACAGGCGUAAGGAUGAAGAUAUUAAGAACGUUGAAGUAUCUGACAAGGUUCCUGAGUAUCAGGACUCCAAGGAUCAACUCACCCUGACAGAAUUGAUCAAGCAGUCCUAUCUGUCUGAUAAAAAAGAUGAAACUUAUGAGAGUGUUAGUUCUGGUAGGAUGGAUACUGUCGCAGCUGCAGCUCCGAUCUUCAAACCCGACAAGAGUUUACUCUCUCUCUUCUCCGACCCCGAAGACUUAAUUGAAUACGUCCCGGGUUUUUUCGAUGAUGAAGAUAAAAAUCCAUAUUUAGACAAAACAUCUUUAUAAUUGUUUAUUGAGAAUAUGUUAAUAUUUAUACGAAUAUUUUACUGUCAUGUUAUGUAGCUUAGAGAAAAUAUAUAAUCCGGCAUUUAAA